AAUAUGGUACAUUUUAGCUGCCCGUGACGUAACGCAAGGCRACGCACAGUCACGCAAAGACGUGACAUUUAAUAUGACAAGUUCACAGUGUCACACGCAUGCCAAGGUGGACCAUCAAAACAUAUCAUUCUCAACCGCGACUUAAGAAGUCUACGUAGAUUAUGGAUUUUGGGUGAAAACAGGCCCGCAAAUAUAGGAUCUUUAGCACUUUGAUGAAGCUUUGGAGAAACUACAUCUUUYUGGGASUCCUUCCUUCUUUGAAGUACGCUGAUGUCGGCAGUUUAAAAGAGUAAUUCUAAUGGGUCGUAUUCCUCGUUUAAAAUGGCUUGUUCCUCGUUUUGUUCUCGUUCUAUUAUUUGUGGCCUGCGUYCAGUUGAUUGCYUACAUGGGUGUUAUACCAUCCACAUUACAAAAUACUGAUGUACUGUGUAAUUGCCAGUCUGCUGUAAGUGARUGUGCAACGAGUAAUGAUGAGACAACGGAGAACUUCUCAAAAGAUAAAGCUCCAGURACAUCGUCUGUUAGAAAGAACUUUGAACAGAARCAGRGUGUUGAAGAGCAAUUGUCAAAACGGAAGUCGACUGAUCAYGGGGAAGAGGAGAAAGCGAAAGCUCAUUUACAAGAUUUGAAUCGUCUUGGUAAAGAACUCAAACAGCUGGCGAAAGACAUGGUCGAGACUCAAAGAGAYGUGGUUAAAUUUGCUACAAUAUACCACCGUCUAGGCAGGCAUAUAUCAUCWGUUAAYAGUCUACUACAUUCAAUAAAACACCCUCCUGUUGAUGUCAAUCAAAAUGUCUUAGGCAAAAGAACCUUAAAUAGUGACAAGACUAUGAAAAACGUUGUUUGCCCAGAAAAGUUUCUUGGCAAGGAUUUAUCCGUUGGUUAUCCAUGGUUUCGUAAAGGUUUUGCUACUGAAAACUGUACUCAUUCUACUCCAAUGCGCAAACUCAUUACAGUGUUACUACACAUACACGAACAGUUACCCAAACCUGCAAAAGAUCUGGUCACGCUUGUUAAAAGUUUAGGAAAACAAUAUCCCGGUGUCGAAAUAGUCAUUGCUACAAGUAGAGACGAACCAAGGCUUAAAAACCUCUCAUCAACAUUAACCAAUUCUUUAAAACUUCGUAUUUUUUCCAAGAAUCAUCAAGGUCAAGUAUGGAGCAGUUUGCUUAAUGAUGUCGUAACUCCUUUUGUGUUUUCAGCGACAGAUUUGACUCAUUUUGACGACGAUAUCGAUUUUSUAAGACUUAUUCGGGUUCUUAGCAACAGCGAGGAAGUUGUUAUCGCAGGAGGAGGGUAUCGUAAUCAAAAGGGAUUAUGGGAUAUUGGUUGUCUACAAACGUCGUUCCGUAAUUGGACGAUGUCGUUUCGUGGUGGCUAUUACCAGUCUUCUGGUGACUGUCUCGCUUGUGAUUAUCUCGAAGGGCCCUGGGUCGGGAAAACUGAAGUUUUGAAGAAAAUUGGAUUUGAUAAAGGUCUAGAGAAAGGCGCGUUUCACGACAUGUUUUGGCGAAUCAAGAAAGCUUUACCAGGAAACAUAGCAGUGUCAUGUCCCGAUAUCAUGUUCAACAUACACACCAACCCCGUACCCGAUAGUUACUAUGUACAGCUAGCAAGCAAAUGGGAAAUAAAAAAAUGGGUGGACGCAAGUGGGCAAGUACGAUGGUACGGUUGUAGGCGUGGCUUUCAACAUAAUAUCGGUACGCAGUCGUGUGCCAUGUCUAAGGGCGUGGCCAACCCUCCAUGUGAUUUAGAAAACUUUGCCGAUGCAAUCAAGUUCCUGAUGAAAGAGUGUGAAGACGCUGGACUUUUCUGUGAGUUACAGGAAGGGACAUUACUCGGUGCUGUUAAAUUCAACAAGGUUUUACCGUGGGAGAGAGACGCAGAUAUCACAUUUCUCACUGCAAACUACACUGCUUUGAAAAAAUUAAGACCUAAGUUCGUAGAACAGGGCUAUACUUUAUCUGAUGAUGACGAUUCAUUAUGGUGUUGUGUCGAUGGGAGGCAAGCAGGUGGCAAAUUCACCGUCGGUACAUCGCGAUUUACAAUAGAAAUGUAUGGACAACACAUGAUGGAGUCCGAACUGCUAGUGGCCAGCGGUCAGUCUCCAACAAAGGUUCAAUUUGCUGGACAGUGGGUGAAUGUGGUACGUAAUCCUGGUUURUACGCACGUAAUCGAUAUGGUCCAAAUCACUUCAGGCACGCCGAGCACUGGAUGGAUUUAGGACAGGGUACUGGUUGGGAAUUUUAUCACCCAGGGACGUUUUCUGCUUGCCCUUAUCCUAACCACUCAGCUUGUUUAGAUCAAUAUCCAGCAGAUGGAAAUAUUCAAUUUAGUGACUAUACUUCAAAAUAGUAUGCAUAGAAAAUAUUGAACGAAUUAUGUCAAUGAUCACCGAUAUGGAAUCGAUGGUUCUCCGAUGAUUCACUGAAUGCUUACUGAUCACUGGUGCUGAAAGGAAAAUAUCGAGCACUUAUCGAUUCGACACACCGAUGGUUAAAGAUUGACUUCACCGAUUUGGAAUCGAUCGAAAAAGUUGCUUACGAAAAUUUAACGAAUGUUUACCGAGAAUUUUGCGAGACCUCUUGAUACAAACAAAAAAUUAUCGCUUAUCGCAGACGUUAGCACAAAAAAAUAAUCGCGAAUUAACGUAUUUUUACACAAUAAAUAGGAUGGUAAAAUGAAAGUAAUUUUGUAAAGAAAGAUUUUUUUCUAAUAUAAACUUUAUUCGCGUUCGUGUUGUUGUGAACAAAAAUAGCCAUGCUUAUACAAUGUUGCUAAAUUAAAAAUAUUUUGGUUAAAAGGUG